UGUUCUUUCUCUAAUAAUUACGCUUUAACACUUGCAAUAGGUAAGUUUAUUCUGGUUUCUUUGAGUUUUGGAUUAAAUUAUUACGGUAUAUUUUCAUGGUAUAAUUUUAGCAUUCUGAUUAAAUUAAUUGGCUUUGGUUGGUAUGUUGAAAAUAAAAUUGUUUGA